CUGCCCGGCCCUGCUCCGCGCGCCCGGCGGAGACGCGAGACGGGGCCGAACUCGCCCCGCCCAGCCCAGCCCCGGCCUGAGCCCUCCGCGUGGACCGGUCUUAUUUAUUCAGAGUAGCCACCUUGGCCUCAACGCCCCCUCGGCCGCGGGCUGCGCGGGCCAGAGCACCGACCCCGCACCCCUCUAUCGCCUGCAGGGCCUGAGAGCACAGGCCGGUAGAGCCCCGCCGCUAACGCCCGUCCCCUGCCUCCGCGCGCCACGCCCAGCCGCGCCCCACUUAGGAGUUCUCGCUGCUCAUUGGUCGCCUGGCCUGCCAAUCCGAGAGACGUCGACGAAUCGCGCUUUAGGAAAGGAAAAACUCGCGGAAAAAGUUUACACACCUGGCCAGGACGCGAGCCUAACGCCUCCAAGCGGCGGGCUGUACUGGGAGGAGCUAUUUGCAUAACGGCCACCUCUCGGCCCGGCUCGGGUCCCGCCCGUCACCCAACUACGUAUCUGUUGGACUAGAGGCCCGUCACUCCGACCCAGGCAAACCUGUGGCGGGGCGGGAAGAGUCUGUGUGGGCGGGGCCGAGAGCGGAUUGGCUGUGGGAGUUUCGGCGAGGCGGAUAUAAGACCGCGGCCCCGGGCGGGCGGGAGAGAGUGGGGAGGAGCUGGGCGCGCUCGCGGCGGCCGGUGGCGACCGUUAGUUGGCCCCGCGGACGGACGCUCCCUGCUUUCUCGCCUUAACGUCGCUUGCCCCUCUUUCACCCAAGAUGUGCGCCCGCGGCCCGGCCAUCGGCAUCGACCUGGGCACCACCUACUCCUGCGUGGGGGUCUUCCAACAUGGCAAGGUGGAGAUCAUCGCCAAUGACCAGGGCAACCGAACCACCCCCAGCUACGUGGCCUUCACGGACACCGAGCGCCUCAUCGGCGACGCGGCCAAGAACCAGGUGGCCAUGAACCCCACCAACACCAUCUUCGACGCCAAGAGGCUGAUCGGGCGCAAAUUCGAGGAUGCCACGGUGCAGUCGGACAUGAAACACUGGCCGUUCCGCGUGGUGAGCGAGGGAGGGAAGCCGAAAGUGCAGGUGGAGUACAAGGGGGAGAUGAAGACCUUCUUCCCGGAGGAGAUCUCCUCCAUGGUGCUCACGAAGAUGAAGGAGAUCGCCGAGGCCUACCUGGGGGGCAAGGUGCAGAGCGCUGUCAUCACGGUGCCCGCCUAUUUCAACGACUCGCAGCGCCAGGCCACCAAGGACGCGGGCACCAUCACCGGCCUCAACGUGCUGCGGAUCAUCAACGAGCCCACGGCGGCGGCCAUCGCCUACGGCCUGGACAAGAAAGGCUGCGCGGGCGGCGAGAAGAACGUGCUCAUCUUCGACCUGGGCGGCGGCACCUUCGACGUGUCCAUCCUGACCAUCGAGGACGGCAUCUUCGAGGUGAAGUCCACGGCCGGCGACACCCACCUGGGCGGCGAGGACUUCGACAACCGCAUGGUCAGCCACCUGGCCGAGGAGUUCAAGCGCAAGCACAAGAAGGACAUUGUGCCCAACAAGCGCGCGGUGCGGCGGCUGCGCACGGCCUGCGAGCGCGCCAAGCGCACCCUGAGCUCGUCCACCCAGGCCAGCAUCGAGAUCGACUCGCUGUACGAGGGUGUGGACUUCUACACGUCCAUCACCCGCGCGCGCUUCGAGGAGCUCAACGCCGACCUCUUCCGCGGGACCCUGGAGCCGGUGGAGAAGGCGCUGCGCGACGCCAAGCUGGACAAGGGCCAGAUCCAGGAGAUCGUGCUGGUGGGCGGCUCCACCCGCAUCCCCAAGAUCCAGAAGCUGCUGCAGGAUUUCUUCAACGGCAAGGAGCUGAACAAGAGCAUCAACCCCGAUGAGGCGGUGGCCUACGGCGCGGCGGUGCAGGCGGCCAUCCUCAUCGGAGACAAGUCCGAGAACGUGCAGGACCUGCUGCUGCUCGACGUGACCCCGCUGUCGCUGGGCAUCGAGACGGCCGGCGGCGUCAUGACCCCGCUGAUCAAGAGGAACACCACGAUCCCCACCAAGCAGACGCAGACCUUCACCACCUACUCGGACAACCAGAGCAGCGUGCUGGUGCAGGUGUACGAGGGCGAACGGGCCAUGACCAAGGACAACAACCUGCUGGGCAAGUUCGACCUGACCGGUAUUCCCCCGGCACCCCGCGGAGUCCCGCAGAUCGAGGUCACCUUCGACAUCGAUGCCAACGGCAUCCUCAACGUCACCGCCGCCGACAAGAGCACCGGUAAAGAGAACAAAAUCACCAUCACCAACGACAAGGGUCGUCUGAGCAAGGACGACAUCGACCGGAUGGUGCAGGAGGCGGAGCGGUACAAGUCGGAAGACGAGGCUAAUCGCGAUCGCGUCGCAGCCAAAAACGCGGUGGAGUCCUACACGUACAACAUCAAGCAGACAGUGGAAGACGAGAAACUGAGGGGCAAGAUCAGCGAGCAGGAUAAAAACAAGAUCCUCAGCAAGUGCCAGGAAGUGAUCAACUGGCUCGAUCGAAACCAGAUGGCGGAGAAAGACGAGUACGAACACAAGCAGAAAGAGCUGGAAAGAGUGUGCAACCCCAUCAUCAGCAAACUUUACCAAGGCGGUCCUGGCGGCUGCGGCGGGGGACCCGGGGCCUCCGGGGGCCCCACCAUCGAAGAAGUGGACUAAUGCUUGCACGCAAUCAACAUGAAGUUCCUGGCUUGAAUUACCAACAACUUAAAGGGAGAAGAAUCUGGGUAAACUUUUCUACCCUCCCUCCCCCUUAAUAAAGCAACCUGACUGGGAUCUCC